AUGAAUUCCUUAGCAAGGAGUUGUAAGACUUUUCCGCGGGCUCUGGUUGUAAGAAUGUACAGUGGAGAGCCUGGUAGCGGUGCCGGUAGGGGUGGCGGUGGUGGUGGCUCUAUUCGCGAAGCUGGUGGUGCGUUUGGCAAGAUGGAGGCUGGCAGGGAAGAAGCAUACUUCUAUGAGCAGCAAAAGCAGCAGAUUGAAGAUAUGAAGAAACAUUUGCAUGACGAAAUCGCUCAUCAUCGCGAUGCAAUCAAGCGCGCUGAAGACGCCAUCAAUCGCUCUAAAAAGAAAAUGUCUGAAUUUGAAGCCAAGAAAGUAACAUAG